AUGGCAUCGCUUCUCUUACUACUUUCUCUUCUAAUUGUUCCCUUCUUGUAUUUCCCUUUCGUUUCUUGUUAUUCCUCAAAUGACAUCAAAUUGUCGUGCAGCCAAACGCCUAACCCUCAGCCAUGUGAGUAUUUCUUGAUCAACAACCUUGCUCACAUGCACAAACAAAUCAAACAAAAAGCUGAUUUCACUAACCUCUCUCUUCAACUGGCCCAAGAGAGAGCUAUGAUGAGCCAUGCAAAUGCACUUUCACUAGGCCCAAAGUGCCGGAACCCACGUGAAAAAGCUGCAUGGGUUGAUUGCCUUCAAAUGUAUGAGCACACCAUUCAUAGGCUCAAUAAAACCUUAGACCCUAACACCAGGUGCUCCCAAACUGAUUCUCAAACAUGGCUCAGUGCUGCUCUCACCAACCUUGAGGCAUGCAAAACCGGGUUUUAUGAACUUGGGGUUCAAGACUAUGUGUUGCCCCUGAUGAUGUCUAACAACGUUACUAUGUUGCUAAGCAAUGUUUUGGCUCUUAACAAGGUUGAAUACCAAGAACCAAAAACAUACAAAGAUGGGUUCCCAACAUGGGUUAAACCAGGUGACCGUAAAUUGUUGCAAACUUCUUCUCCAUCUUCUCAGGCAAAUGCGGUGGUGGCUAAAGAUGGGUCUGGCCAUUUCACAACAAUAAAUGCUGCCAUAAAUGCUGCACCAAAAAGCAAUAGUGGAAGAUAUGUGAUAUACGUGAAGGCUGGGGAAUACAAUGAACAAGUUGAGAUAAAGUCUAACAACAUCAUGUUGAUGGGAGAUGGUAUUGGGAAGACUAUUAUUACUGGUAGUAGUAGUGUUGGAGGAGGCUCCACAACCUUCCGUUCUGCCACUGUUGCUAUUGAUGGGGAUGGGUUUAUUGGUAGAGAUAUCACAUUUAGGAACAGUGCAGGUGCAUCAAAUCACCAAGCCGUAGCACUACGCUCAGGAUCAGAUUUAUCAGUGUUUUACAGAUGUGGUUUCGAAGGAUACCAAGACACACUCUAUGUGUACACUGAGCGACAAUUCUAUAGGGAGUGUGACAUCUAUGGCACAGUUGACUUCAUCUUUGGUAAUGCUGCUGUGGUGUUCCAAAAUUGUAACCUUUUUGCAAGAAACCCUCCAAACAAAAUCAACACUAUAACUGCCCAAGGCAGAACUGAUCCAAACCAAAACACUGGAAUUUCCAUUCACAAUUCAAAGGUUACAGCAGCCUCAGAUUUGCAAACAGCUCAAAGUUCUGUUAAGACCUAUCUUGGAAGACCAUGGCAACAAUAUUCUAGAACAGUUUUCAUUGAAACUUAUCUUGAUAGUUUGAUUGAUCCAAGUGGUUGGUUAGAAUGGAGUGGUAAUUUUGCAUUAAGUACUUUGUAUUAUGGCGAGUACAUGAACACAGGUCCUGGUUCAUCCACUGCAGAUCGGGUUAAUUGGGGUGGUUAUCAUGUUAUCACUAGUGCUUCCGAGGCAUCAAAAUUCACAGUUGCAAAUUUCAUAGGAGGAAGUUCAUGGUUGCCAGCAACUGGAGUUCCAUUCACCCCUGGUUUAUAA